CUUCACCCAGCUGGUAGCUAGCUAUAUUGAUCUAGUGGUUCAUUUCUACUUCACGUUGUGAUCAUGUAACAUCAUACAAUGAUGUUGGAUUUAUAUGCGUGUCUCCAAGAGAGAGAGAGGCAUAUUUUUAUGGUCCUUACACACAAGGCCAAAAAUUGCACACCCCACCAUUUGUAGUAGAGAUCUUAUCUCAAAGCAUCAGUCAAUGAAUGCAGGUAUUCCAUUAGCUAGCCCUGUUUUCCUAUUCACCUCAAUCUUUUUCAUGGGUCACUACUUGAGAGGAUCACCACUACUGCUCUUCACACCCACCACCAUUGUACCCUCAUUGCAAAAGCUCUCUUUUUUUUUGGCAUUUUCUUUUCCCCUUCUAGUUUUCAAGUUUCUCUAAAAGUUCCUCUUUCUUCUCCAAGUAUGUGUGUGUUUGUGACUGCACGCUUCUAAAAGGAUUCUAUUAGGAGUUGUUCUUGGAGAAUGGAUGUGGAAACCAGUCCAUAUAGUCUUCACAUAGCCUCUGACAUGAAGAGGGGUUGCCUGAAAAACCGACACAGCCAACCUGAAACCCCACACCAUGAAGAAAUUAGCGAGAUGUCAUCAUCUCUCAGUUUUCGUAACCUGUCGAACUUCAUCAUCCCGCCAUUGGGUGUUUCAACUUACAACCAAAAUCAAACAGAGUCAAAAGGCUGGAUCAUAUCGCCAAUGGAUUCAAGAUAUAGGAGCUGGGAGACAUUUAUGGUGCUUCUGGUUGCUUACUCUGCAUGGGUUUAUCCCUUUGAGGUUGCAUUUCUGAAAUCCUCACCCAAGAAAGAGCUAUGGAUUGCAAACAACAUUGUCGAUCUGUUUUUUGGAGUUGAUAUCAUCUUGACAUUUUUCGUCGCAUAUAUUGAUCCAAGAACUCAGCUUUUAGUUCGUGACUCGAGAAAGAUGGCUGUGAGGUACCUGUCAACAUGGUUCCUGAUGGAUUUGGCAUCAACAAUCCCAUUUCAGACACUAGGAUACCUGUUCACAGGCAAACGACACAUGGGUCUUUCUUACUCCCUCCUAGGCGUGCUCAGAUUUUGGAGAAUCAGACGGGUCAAGCAGCUCUUCACCAGGCUUGAGAAGGACACCAGGUUCAGUUAUUUCGGGGUCCGAUGUGCCAAGCUACUGUCUGUGACACUGUUUGCGGUGCAUUGUGCUGGGUGCCUCUACUACUUGCUAGCUGACCGAUACCCUCACCAGGGAAGGACAUGGAUUGGAGCUUCGAACCCGAAUUUUAGAGAAACAGGCCUUUCCGUACGCUAUAUUUCAGCCUUGUAUUGGUCCAUUACCACCAUGACCACAGUUGGCUAUGGAGAUCUCCAUGCAGUGAACACCGUGGAAAUGAUCUUCAUAAUCUUUUUCAUGCUUUUCAACCUUGGCCUAACUGCUUACAUUAUUGGUAACAUGACAAAUUUAGUCGUUGAAGGAACUCGUCGUACUAUGGAAUUUCGAAAUAGCAUUGAAGCAGCAUCAAAUUUUGUCUGCAGAAAUCGCUUGCCUCUAAGGUUGAGGGAACAGAUAUUGGCUUAUAUGUGCUUGAGGUUUAAGGCUGAGAGCCUGAACCAGCAACAACUGAUUGAACAGCUACCAAAAUCUAUUUAUACGAGUAUCUGCCAGCAUUUAUUUUUGCCUACUGUGGAGAAUGUUUAUCUUUUCAAGGGAAUUUCGAAGGAAACACUGUUGAUCUUGGUAGCCAAGAUGAAGGCCGAGUACAUACCUCCUAGAGAGGAUGUUGUAAUGCAGAAUGAAGCACCAGAAGAUGUUUACAUCAUUGUAUCGGGUCAAGUUGAGAUAAUUGAUUGUGAGAUGGAGAAAGAACGAGUUGUGGGCACUUUGCAAUGUGGAGACAUGUUUGGAGAAGUUGGUGCACUUUGUUGUAGACCUCAAAGCUUCAACUAUGAAACCAAAUCGCUUUCACAGCUCUUGAGACUCAGAACCACUGCUAUGAUAGAAGCAAUGCAGACCAAACAAGAAGACUAUGAGAAAAUACUUCAAAACUUCCUACAGCAUCACAAAAAGCUAAAGGAUCUCAAUGUUGAUGAUUUGCUGGUAGACAAUGAGAAAGGAGGGGAUGACCCAAACAUGGCUUUCAACUUGCUGACCGUUGCUAGUACAGGCAAUGCUGCCUUUCUGGAUGAGCUUCUCAAAGCGAGGUUGGAUCCUAAUAUUGGAGAUUCUAAAGGAAGAACCCCAUUGCAUAUAGCAGCAUCAAAAGGACAUGAAGAGUGUGUAUUGGUACUCCUUAAGCACGCAUGUAACGUACACUUACGAGACAUAAAUGGGAACACAGCAUUAUGGGAUGCUAUAGCAUCAAAGCACCAUUCCAUAUUCCGGAUCCUCUACCACUGUGCCGCUGUUUCUGAUCCCCAUAUUGCUGCCGAUCUUUUAUGCACUGCUGCAAAAAGAGACAAUCUGACUGUGAUGGAGGAACUGUUGAAACAAGGACUAAAUGUUGACUCAAAGGAUCGCCACAGGAUCACAGCAAUCGAGAUUGCCAUGGCCAAAAGCAAUGUGGACAUGGUAAAUGUUCUUGUAAUGAAUGGUGCAGAUGUGACAAAUGCCAAAACUCACAAGUUUCCUCCGGAUACUUUGAAAGAAAUGCUGCAAAAGCGAGAGAAUGAACACCGUAUUAGAGUACCCGAAAUCUCAAUAAAUGAAGUGCUUUUGGGGAGACAUGAAGGGAAGAAGGGCUGCAGUUGGAGAGACUCUACAAAAUCAACUGGUCCAAGGGUGAGCAUUUAUAGAGGCAAUCCACUUGUGAGAAGAGAGACUUGCUGCAUGGAAACUGGGAGGCUAAUUAGGUUGCCAGAUUCACUAAAGGAGCUCAAGAGUAUUGCAGGUCAGAAGUUUGGGUUUGAUGCAAGAAACGCCAUUGUAACAGAUGAAGAAGGAGCAGAAAUCGAUUCCAUUGAUGUAAUUAGAGAUGAUGAUAAACUUUUCAUAGUUGAAGAUACAAAUUCCGUUAUGUAAUUAAGCAAAUGCUACAUAUAUUUAUGUGGAAUUAACAAAUGGUUAUUAUCA